CGCAGCCAGGGCAGGCGCAGAGCCCCCCGCGCUGUUUACCCGGGCCCGGCCGGAGGAAGCGCCAGCGCGCCAUGGCAGCUGCGGCUCUUGCCCGCCUCUCCGGGCAGCAUCCGCAGUGAAGAGCCGCCGCCGCCCCGACCGCCCCUCGCCUCGCCUCGCCUCUCGCUCGCCUCGGCUCGGCUCGGCUGCGCGGCCCUGCGCGGCGCCCGGAGAAGAUGGCGGAUCGGGCGGAGAUGUUCUCGCUCUCCACCUUCCACUCGCUCUCGCCGCCCAGCUGCAGACCCUCCCAGGACAUCAGCCUGGAAGAAUUUGACGACGAGGACCUGUCCGAGAUCACAGACGAUUGCGGCAUCGGCCUGAAUUAUGAUUCGGAUCACAAUGAGAAGGACUGCUUGGGGCUGGGCAGGGGGGAGCAGCCCCACCCCACCUGCACCUUCCAGGAAGACUUCCAGGAGUUUGAGAUGAUCGAUGACAAUGAAGAGGAGGAAGAAGAGGAGGGGCUGGAAGAGGCACCCCCUUCCCCUUCGGGGUCGCUGAUACCUUCGCCCACCCCCGAGGACCCCCAGAAGCUUCGUCCCACCACCCUCAAUUUGACAGUCACAAGCACCCAGGAUUCCCUGAACAACAACAACAGUGGCUGCAACGUGGCUUCCCCCCUGCAGCGGGCCACGUGGCAGGAGACCCUGCUGCACUCAUCUUCUUCCUCCUCUUCCUCCUCCUCGGUUUCCCACACAGAGCGACCGUCUCCCUUGCACGCUUGUCUCCAGGACGGACCCUGCAGGGAUGGCCAGAGCAGCAAAGGGCCGGCUGUGUCCCAGGCCCCUGGCAAGCCCCCCCUUUUCGAUGCCGAAGGCAAUAGCCAGGGUCUGCAGAGAGGCCCCCCUGGGGGGGAGGAUUAUAACAUGAACGUUGUCUCCAGGGAGGCCGGCCUGCAGCCUCCUUCUGUCUUGACCAGCGCAACAUCCGGAAAACCUCCUGAAGCUCGGAGCAGCCCUCCGCCCCUCAGUUCCGCCUCCCAGCCCCACAGCCGCAGCCCUCACAGAUCCCCCGCCACGGAGAGCUACUGUGCCCAGUUUCAGAGGGAUGCUGUGGCGUGCCAGGAGAAAGAGGAGAGAGCCUGCUUGGCUGGGGAGCCAGCAGGGCACAGAGCCCCCGUGGGUGGGGUCCGUGCCCCGCUCUCUCAGGGCGAGCCUACCAAGCGCCUGAGGGAUGGUGCACCCGGAGAGUCCGUAGAACCCCACGCAAGCCCAGUACGAGAAGUGGCUGCCCCACUGAGCUCCGAAGGAGAGGGCACUUUGCGAGGACUGCCCUCUGCCUCCUCCGAUACCACGUCUCCCUCCUCGGACCCCGGCAUAGAGGCCGAUCUCACCAGCCGGACCUCCAAGGCCUUCCCCCCGUGCACCCAGCACUGCGAGGACCUCAGCUCCCCCAGCUCCGACUCUGACGUGGAGGGGGAAAUUGAGGCAGCCUUCGCGUCGAACGGGAGCCGCUUGGCUAGCAACAUGAUUUCCAGCAUCUCCGAAACGGAGCUGGACGUGAGCAGCGAGAGCAGCAGUGGCCGAUCCUCCCACCUCACCAAUUCCAUCGAGGAGGCCAGCUCCCCGGGCUCCGAGGCUGACCUGGAGGCGGACCUGGAUGCCCCGGGCGUGAUGGGCCUGAAAGAUGCCCUCCUGCUGGAUGCCAAGAAAGAAGAGGAGGGCACGCGGCUGCCCACAGAGGAGAGCCUGCCACCCCUCAAAAUAGAGGAGUUCUACGAAGACCCCUCGGUGCCCGUCGACCAGACUGAGCUGCCUCCUUCAGGCCAUCUGGAGCUGGAGAUCAACCCUGACCACAGUCUGGAAAGCCUGCGGCGGUCCUUUUACCUGCCAGUGGGGCAUCAGCUCCUGUGCGACGGGGCAGAAGAGGAAGGGAACAGCGAAUAUGAUUCUGAAUCGGACUCGGAGUCGGAACCUGACCUGAGUGAGGAUUCGGACUCUCCGUGGCUGCUCAGCAACCUGGUGAACAAAAUGAUCUCCGAGGGCUCCUAUCCCAUCAAGUGUGCCGACGAAUGCUUCCCGGCUGCUCACUCCCUCUCCGACACCAUUUCUCCGGCCUCCGACCUGGAGCCGGAGAUGCCCAGCGAGGCCCUGAAUGACCCCCAGCCCUGCCCCCAACAGAGCAUCGAGCUGGUGGACAUGGAGACGCUGCGCUGCUCGCUGCAGGGGGCUGAGGAGGAGAAGCCGCUGGGGGCCCAGCCUGCAGUGGAGAAGGGCCCUCAGGCAGGGCACACGGGGCCCUACCUGCUCAUGAGCAACUCCACAAAUGACGUCAUUGCGCCCGUCUUCCCAGGGCGGCCCUACUCCGGCUGCUGCGUCAACCCUGUUGCCACUAAAAUCCUCCCUCCCAAGGAGCCCUCCGGCAAGGCUGACCCAACUACGGAGGAGGAGGAGGAGGAAGAGGAGGAGGAAGGUGCCAUCGAUGGGGACCUGGACUCGGGCAUCUUGGAGGACAACGACAUGAUUGAUGACAUCCGGUUAGAACCCAAGGAAGGCCUGGAUGUCUCCACUGCCAAGACCAACCGCUGCUUCAGCCUGUCCUAUUCCCCUGAAGAGGACAUGGUGCCCUGCCUGGGCAGCCUGAAAGGGUCUCCUUUCAGCCAGGAGCUCUCCCUCCCGCCGCCCACGGUGAUGCUGGACGACUCCCUGGCCUACGACUCGGUCAAGUACACCCUGGUGGUGGACGAGAACACCCAGCUGGAGCUGGUCAGCCUCAGGCGAUGCACUUCUGUGCUGAGCGACGACAGCGAGCUGCUCCGCGCCUGCGACGCCACCGACCCGGAGGACGCCGCCAGUGACUUUGGGGAAGGGCUGGGGGCUCCUGACGGGCGCAGCUCCUCCUCGGAGGACUCCUCCCCGGAGGCCGACCUCCACUUCUCCAAGAAGUUCCUCAAUGUCUUUGUCAACAGCACCUCCCGCUCCUCCAGCACGGAGUCCUUCGGUCUGUUUUCUUGCAUGGUGAACGGAGAGGAGAGAGAACAGACCCACCGAGCUGUGUUCAGGUUCAUCCCUCGCCACGAAGACGAGCUGGAGCUUGACGUGGACGACCCGAUCCUGGUGGAGCUGGAGGAGGACGACUACUGGUACCGGGGCUACAACAUGCGCACGGGGGAGCGUGGCAUUUUCCCGGCCUUCUAUGCCCACGAGGUGGUGAGCCAGGCCAGGGACAUGGCAGGGCUGAAGCGGAACCCCUGCUGGGUGGAGCACUUCAACGUCCAGUUCCUGGGCUCGGUGGAGGUGCCCUACCAUCAGGGCAACGGCAUUCUGUGUGCAGCCAUGCAGAAGAUUGCCACCACCCGGAAGCUGACCGUCCACCUGAGGCCUCCAGCCACCUGUGACCUGGAAAUCAGCCUGCAGGGCAUCAAACUCAUUCUGACCGUCAAUGAAUACAGUCAGGACGAAGAGUUGGAGCGCUGCAGCCAUUUCUUCCAGAUGAAGAAUGUCUCCUUCUGCGGCUGCCAUCCUCGCAAUAGCUGCUAUUUUGGGUUCAUCACCAAGCACCCCGUCCUGAGUCGCUUCGCCUGCCACGUCUUCGUUUCGCAGGAGUCCAUGCGGCCUGUGGCUGAGUGUGUCGGCCGCGCCUUUCAGGAAUACUACCAGGAGCACCUUGAGUUUGCUUGCCCCACAGAAGACAUAUACCUGGAGUAGGACGUGAGCUGGAGGGCAGCCCCACCCCCCUCCCCGGUUUCACGCCCCUUCAGAGAGACGGACCCAGAAGCCUGAGUCCUGCCAGGCAGCCGAGCCCACGACUUCCCUGCACGAGUGGGGCCUGGCAUUGGGGGCUUUGGGGCCCAGGCUAGCCUGGUGGGCAUCUUGCCCUCUCUCCCCCUUUCCCAAUUCCCCACCUGCCCCCCCCAAUAUCCCAGUGUGGUCAGGGGAGCAGCCAGAGGCCAGCCUCUCAGAGGGUGCUUGGUAGGGAGGAAAUGGGGGUGCGAGGGGGGCUGUAGGACCCUGAGAAGGCAUAGCUUUCCUGCUUGUUUGGGGGGGGGGGGCUUCCCAAGAACUACGGCCUUUGUAUGAGGUCCCUUGUUUGGGCUGGAAGGAAGGCUGGGAGGGAUCGGCCCCUCCCUCGAAGGAGCUUGCCUGGGGAAAGGGCUUCCAUCUGCCAGCCUCCCUCCCUUCCUUCUUGUGGGGGAGGGCAAUGCCUCCCCCAUUCCCCGCUCUGCCUGGCCUCGCUGCUCUGGCUCCGUAGAUCAGUUUUUCAGGAAGAGGGGCUGUAUGUGUGCACACACCUCCCCCCCAUCACCUGCCUACCCCCCCACCCCCGCAUAUUUUCCUGCUAAUUCUCACCUGCCAUGGGGAAAGCUGAGUUGGGGGGAGUGCAAGAUAGACCCCCCCCCGCAUGCUGCAUGGCAGCCGGGAACCCACAGGGCGUUUCUGCAGGCAGCUCCUUGGCGGAAGUGGGGAAAUGGGGGUCCACCUGUCCGCGGUGUGUGUGCAGAGGGCUCCUUCCUUCCCUCUGCUCCUGCUGUGGCUAGGAGGCCCCUUCUGGUGGGGGAGGGGGUGAAGAGAUGAGGAAGGACUACUCCACGCAUCACCAUUUGCAGAGAACCCAGGAGCCCCCCCCACCCCGCUAGUUUUCUUUUGCUGAGCCCCCAGGGCACUGGUAGAGGGUCAGCCUGGCUGCAGGCCCCUCGGGAGUCCCCCCCUCCCUGGCUCUCCUCUCUGCCCCCCUCCACGCCCCUGCUGUGCCUGGUGAACGCAUCUGCUUGCCAGCCCGCCUGCCUGGACCCGGUCCGAGCUGAGCGUUAGUGGCCACUGCUGUCUGUUCAUGUAACGAUAUUUAUCUGUAACUUCACCCACCAGGAGCAGGGACUUGUACAAACCGGACUAGGGACCCUCCCUACUCACUGCCUUGUCAUGAGUUGGACUUUCAAUAAAAUAUAUGCUUGGUGUCA